GCGGCGGCGGUAUCGGCUACUGGAGUUGGAGCUGGAGUGAGGUUGACGUGCAGCCACUGCGCUGCGCGUCUUGAGGAGGAGGUGGAGGAGAACAGAGAGGGGUAGUCUGGCGCGGAGGAGGGGACCCUGCGGUCUGGAAGACAAGUGGGCCGCUGCUUCGUCUUCGCCUCUUGAGGAGGGGACGGAGAGGCUGAAGGGUUAUGAAAAUGGCUACUCCACAGGCGGUUUUCACCUUUGCAAUUUGCAUUUUAAUGAUUACAGAAUUAAUCCUAGCUACGGAAAAUUACUAUGAUGUCUUAGGAGUUCCAAAAUCUGCAUCAGAACGCCAAAUCAAGAAGGCCUUUCACAAGUUGGCCAUGAAAUACCAUCCUGACAAAAAUAAGAGCCCUGAUGCUGAAACUAAAUUUAGAGAGAUUGCAGAAGCAUAUGAAACACUUUCAGAUGCCAAUAGACGAAAAGAAUAUGAUUCAGUUGGACACAGUACCUUUACUAGUAGUGGUGGAAAUACCUUCCAGCAGUCAUUCAACUUCAACUUCGACGAUCUCUUUAAAGACUUUGAUUUUUUUGGUCCUGGCAAAAACACUCAAACCAAAAAACAUUUUGAAACUCACUUCCGGACACGCCAGGAUAGUUCCAGCAGGCAAAGGCAUCAUUUUCAGGAAUUUUCUUUUGGAGGUGGACUUUUUGAUGACAUGUUUGAAGAUAUGGAAAAAAUGUUUUCAUUCAAUGGUUUUGACAAUGCAAACCGACACACAGUACAAACCGAAAAGAGAUUCCAUGGAUCGGGCAAGCAUUGUAGAACUGUCACUCAACGUAGAGGAAAUAUGGUUACUACGUACACUGACUGUUCAGGACAGUAAUUCUAUCCCACCCAAAAUAAAGCCAGUUGAUCAUUUCUUAUGGAUACAAAGAGAAACAAAUGUUUCUGUGAACUCUUUUGACAAAUGCAUGAAUACACAUUUUAAAAUAAUAAAUAUCAUAAAGAAGGUGUAUGUAAAACAAUCUUGACAACUUCACCAUGCACCUACAUGGCAAUGAGCUAAUUAACAUUUCUUUAAUUGGGACGUUAAAGAAAAUCUAUUAGAAAUUCAAUUAAUUAAAAUCAUUUCAGUUACUUUUCCACAAAUUUCUUCAUUUGGUUAGAUUUGUUAAAACCAACCAAGGGUUCAUGAAUUCAACAACUAAACUUUGGAUAUUUACCUGACUUAAAUUUUAUAUUAGAACUGAAUAGACUCUUUCAGCAAAAUCUUCAGUAAUUUAAAUUUGCAUGAUCUGUACUAAUUUUCUUGAUGAAUAUACCUAGUAUGUGGAAUUUUAUUAUGGAGAGAGCUACUUAAGUAAAACUGUCAGAUCUCAGAUUUCUUGGAGAUCGCAUUUCACUCAUGAAAUUUAGGAAUUUUGCAGUUCUAUUUUUCUACUGAAUUUAUUUCAAAGCAGAAAAAGUCAUGGGAUAGUUUAGUAGUGCUUUCCAUGAAAACACUUUUUUAAACAUGGAAUAUGUGUUAGUGAAAGAAAUUACCUUGUUCACAUGUAUUUAGACUAAUUAUUUUGACAGAUUAAAAAAGACAACUGAUACAUUGCCAAGAGAUUGUUUCAUGUUUGCUGAGCGACUCUUUAAUGGAACUCAGACCUGCUUGUCAGUGCCAUUCUUUUUUCUUGAGUUAUUGACCAUCCACUUAUUUUUAUGGAUGUCCUUAUUAUGUCAGGUCCUUUCUUUCUUUUUUUUUUUUUUUUUUGCAUCCAUCAUCUGGUAAUUAAUACCUCAGUCUUUAAAAACAGCCAAUGUGUGUACCCAUAUAACGUGCAAUAUUUUUAAAUAGUGAAAAAAAUUUUUUUUGCACAGACUUAAUUUCUUUGUGUAACUUCAUUGUGUAGUUUAUGAAAAUUUUGGUUCUGCACUUUUCUACAUCAUACUUUGUGAGAGUAUUAAUCAUAUCGAUAUAUAUGUUGACAAAACUAGCACCUGUCAUAACACAGUUAUAUGUGAGUGAAACAAAUACAAUAUUUACAACUUGAAUGUUCUGUUUAUUCUUAGUUAUUUUUGUAAAGUGUUUAUUUUAAUGUAAUGAAAGUACAAAAUCAUUUGUCCCAAAUGCUAGGCACAUGAGCUUUGGCAGUUAUCAGUAUUUUACGUUGAAGGGGAACUACUCAAACAUUUUAAAUGCCUGGAAAGAGACUUCAUCUUAAUUUAAUUUACAGAUUACUUUGUUUUCAGAACUAAGAUUAUUGAAAAUGAGAAUCUCCUUAUUAAAUUUAGCAUAACUUUCUCUACAGGUAUAUUUUGCUGCUUACUGUCCCUAAGCCAUUCCAUUUUGAGAAUAUGGCUAAAGAGUAAAUGUUACCAGUACUUGUGUAUGUGUGCAGUUUUGAAACUGAAAUUUCAACUGGAAUGCUUAAGGAAUUGGACAUUCUGGUGAGCUGAAAAUCAGAUAAGCCCCUUUUCCAUCAACAAUGUUUAGGGAGAAAACAGUAGAGAUAAUAUAGUCAACAAAAAGUUAAAUAAUUUGACCAAGGGCACACGUCUCUAAUUGAUUAUAGUCAAACCAGUACUGGAAGCUAGUUCUUACUCUCUUUAGAACUCUUUGUUGCAUCAGUAAUUUGAACUGGUAUUGUUGGAAAUUUUUCUAAAUUGUUAGUAUACUUUCUUGCUUGAGGAGUGCUAAUGUAGGAUGUGAUUUCAUCUUUCAUUUAGGAUUUUGUAAUGCCUAAAUGUAAUUCUGAAUAUCAGCUUGUAUUCUUGUUUAGUACUAUAGCAUUUAGAAGAGUUUGGGCUGAAUGUAUACUGACUAGACCUAGACCAUAUACUUAAAGUUUCUUUUGUUGGCCCUGAAUAUGACCCUGUUUUCUUGCCUUAUUUUUUUUUCCUCUUAAAAGCUACAUAUGUUCCCUUUUCUUGUGGUUCCGAAUAUCUGCCUGCCAAAUUACCUAGUCACUAGAAUGUUUUAAUUUAAUUAUUUUACUUGGCUUGUUUGGGCUUAGUGCCACAAGAUAUUUUUCCCCAAUUGAUGAUUUCUGGUUUAUUGGGGAAGAAUGGAAAGUCUGCAAUAUUGUACUUUAUAGCCAUUCUCAAUAACUUAUGUAAUAUGAGGAAGGUGAAGUAUGCACUGUUUUGCAGUUAAAUAAACAAAUUAUAGGAUA